AUGUCGCUUGCGCGCGCAUUCACAACUCGCCGCCAGCGGUCGAGCAACGAGCUCAACGCCGACGGCAAUGCUCCCCGGCGAAGCAACACCACCGCCAAAGGCCCGAUCCUCCGCCACAAGAUCUCGGCCCCCGUCCAGCUCAUCCACACGACAAACAUGUUGUCAUACAACGCCCCCGACCUGCCAAAGCCCUCGCGGAGCAGCUCCACCAAGACCAAGUCGGACGAGGAGUCGGAUUCCGCCACGGUCGACACGACUCCCCCGACCAGCCCGGACGUGGCCCCGGGCGAGCGGUGCUCGUCUCCCGUCCCGAACCACCUGACGUCGUACUUCAAGGCCCCGGCCAAGACGAUGGACCGCAGCGGCACCGUGUCGCCUCCCCCCGCCAUCCCGAAGCGGUCUCCGUCCCACACCAAGAAGAACUCUUACGACGCCAUCGCCCGAUCUCGCUCCGUCUCGCGCAUGUCGCGGGAUUCUGAGCACUCUACGUCGACCAAGGCCGGGCAGCCCUUUUCGCGUCCUCCGUCGACGUCGACUCGGGCAUCGUCGGCCUCUCACACGUCGACGCCCGUCUCGGCGCAGAAGCAGCAAGCAGCCGCUCCUCCGCCGCCGCCACCUGCGGCACCAACGACAUCGUUCCAGCAACUCAUGGCAAAGGACCAGCAUCCGUUCGGCCAGGAGCUCGCGCAGGUGACGGAACUGGCAGAGGAGUACAGCGCCGGAAGCUCCCUGGACACCAUCGACGAGGAGCAGCAGUACCUCGACUCGCGAGGGCUCGUCAAGCUGAGCGCUGACGACUACCUGGGCGCAAUCCAGAGCCUGACAGCGUCGUUCUUCCCCGAGCUGAGGAACGCCGUGCCGCCCGCUCCUCUGUGGAUCUAA